AUGAAGAACUCUCUUGUCCAACUUCAACAAUGGCAAACUCAGUUCUUCAUUCUCCGAGAUACCCACAUUUCUUCCAGCCUCUUCUUCCCGACUUCCACUCCCACCUCGUACAGCAUUCCUUUGAAGUUCUUCUCGGAACACAUAGAAGGAAGAUACGAGAAAAAUACGGUGGAACUAGAGUCAGAUGCAUGUGAGAGUACUUGGAAAGUUAAGUUGGAAGGUCGAAGACUAACCGUCGGGUGGAAAGAGUUCACCGUCGCACAUGAUUUCCGAAUCGGAGAUAUUAUCAUUUUCAGACAUGAAGGAGACUUGGUGUUCCAUGUCACUAGUUUUGGACCCAGUUGCUGUGAGAUUCAAUAUGUAAAGGAGAGCAUAGGAAACUUGUCGACAAAGAAGAAUGUAAAAACAGAACCGGAGUCUCGUUCAUCAGACCAGCCUUGUUUCGUUGCACGUGUAACAGAUUCGAACCUGCGAGAGGAUACAAUGUUUUUGCCAAGGAAGUUUGGUUGGCUCUUGGAUGGUCUGAAUAAAGGAAACAACAAGAUUAGUCUAGCUAAUGAAGGAGAAAGAAUAUGGACGCUUAUUCUGAAGUUUAGGGAAUCAAGUAGAACGUUUUACAUGAGAGGUGGUUGGAGAAGUUUCUGCCAUGAGAAUGGACUUGAACCUGGAGAUAUUAUCACGUUUAAAAUAGGGAGUAACAGCAAGAUAAUGCCUCUUCUCCGUUUCUCCACUUUGGAACUUAUGAAAGUUUCCACAAAACAUAGCAGCAAAGGGAAGACAGGAGAAGCUGGUGAGAGUAGUCAAAGAGUGCCAUCAUCAUCAUCAUCAUCUUCACUAAAGGAAAGCAGAUUUGUGACACUAACUGCCACACCAGCAAGUUUCAGAAAGUCUAGAAUUUAUCUUCCAAUGAGGUUCAUUAGGCGUAACAGAAUGGAAAGUGCAGGAGGGAAGAAAACAACUCUGUUGGACAAGCAUGGAGGAGAGUGGGCAGUGGCUCUAUGGAUGUUAGAUAGAAGGAUGUACUUGGGUUCAGGGUUAAAAAAAUUCCUCAAGGCUAUUGGCGUUGAGGCUAACGAAUCUUUUGUGUUGGAGUUGGUUUGGGAAGACAAAGCAUCUCCUCCUAUGUUCAAGUUCUGCUCCAAGAUUAAGACCCGACUCUAUGAGUAUGGCCUGUUUUAG